AUGCUUCCCAGGCCCGCCCCCUCCAAUCUCCUGCUUCUCCUUCUCUCAGCCUCUCCCCUCACAUCCACAUCUCCCACUCCCAAGCCGCAACCCGAGCCCGGCCGCGUUGGCGACCUGCUCGGCACCGUGGUCAAGCUCGUCGGCAAGCUGCCACUCAACAAGCCCCCGCCCGACAUACUCUGGACCCCGAACCCGAGUCCGCAGUGCGCGGCUGUGAACGGCGGCGAGCUGACGUGCUGCCAGGCCACCCUGGCCGGCGAUCUGCCGCUGCUCGUGUACCUGGCCGAGACAUACGGGUACGAGCUGAACCCAAACGAUGUCAACGGUAUUUAUUGUGGGGUGUUGCCCGUGUCUUCGUGUCCCGGUGUCAAGCUUUGCUGUCAGGUUACAGCUUUGAACCCUCUGCUUUCCCUGUUCUGCCAGGACCCUCCUCUAUAA